AUGGAUCCUACGCGGUACAACUCGUAUAUCGCUCAAUAUCCUCAACGGCGUUCAAUCACCCCGACUUACCACAAUGGCACAAUGGCAAAAGACGCCAAAACUUCUAAAGUGGUGACAAUGAGGUUCAUCACAUCGUUAGCUGCAUCUUGCACAAGCCACUUGGUUCGACUCCUCAAUUCUGUUGAUUUCCUUUCCGAGAUAUGA